CUAUAUGUUUUGUGUAAACUGAACGUUAUCAAGGUCCAUGAGACAAGGUCUCAUUCUCAUGGAAAUGCUGAAGAGGACAAAGUGACGACGAGGAAGCAGAAAGCCGAGAACAAGGCUCAUGAGGCAGAGCAGUCUCCAAAGAAGGCCAAAUCUGAAGGUGACAACGGCAAUACAAAUGGAAAAUCCUCGGAGAAAGUAGUUGCCGAGUAUGAGAAGCUCUGCGCAGCGGUCAAGGACAACCUUUCAACCGAACAGAUGCGCGAAAUCUUGGAAGCUAAUGGCCAGGACUCCUCCGGCUCUGAUUCCACCAUUCUACGGAAAUGUCAAGACUUGCUGUUUUACGGUCCAUUAGAUAAAUGUCCAGCAUGCAAUGGCGAUUUGGAGUUCAGGGUUAUACGCUAUUUUUGCACCGGAUCUUAUAGUGAGUGGGCAACUUGUACAUUUAUUACAAAGGAUCCGCCAAGGAAACUAGAACCAAUCAAGUUGCCAGAUAGUGUCCUCAACUCUCCUGCAUCCGAUUUGCUAAAGGAUUACGAGGACCCAGGUCGCCGUCCUCAGAAGCAUUUAAGCAUCCCAGUUAAGCCUUUUACUGGGAUGUUGAUGUCGCUUAUGGGCCGUCUUAGUGCAUCUCAUCAAUACUGGAGAAAAGAAAUAGAAAAACACGGAGGAAAAGUUGCCAACCAUGUGAUUGGUGUAACUUGCCUGAUUGCAUCCCCUGCGGAGCGAGACAGAGGUGGCACGGGUAAACUUGCUGAAGCAAUGGAAAGAGGAAUUCCCGUAAUAAGCGAAGCAUGGCUGAAAGACAGCAUCGAGAAACAAGAACCCCAGCCUCUUGAAGCGUAUGAUAUUGUUAGUGAUCUUGCUCCCGAUGGCAGAGGAGUUCCAUGGUACAAAAUGGAUCCAAGCGAAGAGGCACUUGAGUCCCUUUCAACAGAACUGAAGAUAUAUGGGAAGAGAAGUGUCCACAAGGAUAGUAAAUUGCGGGAGCGAGAUGGGAAAAUCUUUGAGAGAGAUGGCAUAUUAUACAACUGCGCCUUUUCUCGUUGUGAUCUAGGCAGAAGACUGAACGAUUAUUGCAUCAUGCAACUUAUUACAGUACCACAGAGCAACCUGCAUUUGUACUACAAGAAAGGAAAAGUUGGCGAUGACCCUAAUGCGGAGGAAAGGCUUGAAGAGUGGGAUAAUGUGGACUACGCUGUCAUGGAGUUUGUGAGGCUCUUCGAGGAAGCAACCGGAAAUGAGUUUGAACCAUGGGAAAGAGAGAAGAAAAUCCAGAAGAAGCCGCUGAAGUUUUACCCUAUAGACAUGGAUGACGGAGUUGAUGUGAGGCAUGGAGGGCUUGGGCUUCACCAAUUGGGAGUUGCUGCCACACAUUGCAAACUUGAGCCGAUGGUUGCAAAUUUCAUGAAGGUUUUAUGCAGUCAAGAGAUUUACAAAUAUGCUUUAAUGGAAAUGGGUUAUGACACGCCCGAUCUUCCAACGGGGAUGCUUUCCGUUGUCCACCUAAAACGAUGUGAGGAGGUUCUUCAGAAAUUCGUGGAGACAUUGAAAUCAAUGAAGGAUGCAGGGCCGAAGGCUGAGGCAGUUUGGUCAGAUUUUAGUCAAAGAUGGUUCACCCUUAUGCACUCUACUAGACCUUUUAUCUUCAGAGACUAUCAGGAACUUGCAGAUAAUGCUGCAGCUGCACUUGAAACUAUUCGAGACAUAACCAUGGCUUCCCAUCUCAUUGGAGACAUGGGUAAAUCUACCCUUGAUGACCCCUUGUCCGAGCGAUACAACAAAUUGGGCUGCUCAAUUUCUCCACUGGAUAAGGAAUCUGAUGACUACAAGAUGAUCUUGAAGUACCUGGAGAAGACCUACGAACCUGUCAAAGUUGGAGAUGUUGAAUAUGGGGUGUCUGUUGAUAACAUAUUUGUUAUUGAAUCAAGUGCUUGCCAAUCUCUGGAUGAAAUGAAGAAGUUACCGAACAAAGUGCUCUUAUGGUGUGGAACACGGAGCUCAAAUAUGUUGAGGCACCUGCAUAAGGGUUUCUUGCCAGCAAUAUGCUCUCUGCCUGUUCCAGGCUAUAUGUUUGGAAGGGCUAUUGUGUGCUCUGAUGCUGCUGCAGAAGCUGCUAGGUACGGGUUUACUGCAGUGGACAGACCGGAAGGGUUCUUGGUUUUAGCUGUAGCCUCUCAAGGAGACCAGAUCACUAAGGUUAAGACCGCACCGGAGGAUACCAAAUCUUUAGAGGAGAAGAAAGUAGGAGUUAAAGGCUUGGGGAGGAAGAAAACUGAUGAAUCGGAGCACUUUGUUUGGCAAGACGAUAUCAAAGUUCCUUGUGGCCGCCUGGUACCUUCAGAUGAUAAAGAAAGCAUUCUCGAGUACAACGAGUAUGCUAUUUAUGAUCCGACACAGGUAAGCAUCAGGUUUUUGGUAGCUGUGAAGUAUGAAGAGAAGGAUUCAGUGAUGGAGCCGGAGGAGUGAAGGGGUCACCGGAAGGAAAGCCAGGGAAACGGAGGAGUAUAACGUUGCGCAGACCUUUUGACUUUUUCUUUUGCUGAAAGUAACCUUAGUAGUAGGUAUGUCUUUGGGAAGGGUUUGUAGAUGAACUUUUGUUGAAUAUAACGUCAUCACGAAUCUUCCAGUCGGUCUGUAGUAAUGGUGUUUCUCGGCACCUUGAAAUUGUAGAAGCAUGUGAAUCCGAAGACUCAAAGGUGGCAUACAUGCUACUCAAGCACGAUUUUAUACUGAUUUUAUACUGUUUA